AUGUUCCGUAACGCCCUUGCGGUCGCCGUCCGGCCCACCACCACCACCGCUCGUACCACCCUUCGAGCACGACGAAAUCUCGAUUCGACUACCCGAGCCGUCUCAUCCACGCCGACCGCAUUCGCCAAGGUUGGCAGCAGCAAAACCAGAUCGGGCGUCAAGAAAUCGAUGGCGGAACGGCCUUCGGAUGUUCCAGACGAUAUCAACGCUCCCGGCGAGGCCAAACCUUUACUGACCGAACAGACUUUCGAGCCCAUCGUCAACGACAUGAGGACCAGCGAAGGACCUCACUCUACCUCAUCGACUCCCCCUACUACCGCCACAUCAGAGGUACCGUCGAGCUCUAGCUCCAGUACCACUUCGACUCCCCCCAACCAGAUUCCCGAGGAACCCUACCAGAUCCCCGAUCGACCCGACCUGACCAAACUUCCCUCUCUCGACUUUGGCCUAGAAGAACCGGUAAAGGAGGCCCCCAAGAUCGAAUCGCCAUCGGGAUCGCAGGAUGGACCUUCGGGAUCGCGUACGGGAGCCAGAGCCAAACCGAGCUUGUCCUCGAUAGAACAGAGGAGACGAAACUUUACCCGCUUCAUGCUGCUCGGCGGCUUGGCGGGGUCGGGCGUCGGGGCUUACUAUCUGGCGACCAAGGAUGACGAGACCAAGUUUGGGGAAGCCGAGGCUAUAGGAGCGUGGGAAAAGUUCAAGAACAACUUUACCGGGUUGCUCGAUACCUUCAACAAGCCCGCAUUUGAAAAGCUUCUCCCGGACCCUCUUCCCGCUCCUCAUCAACGAUCUUACACCCUCUUGGUCGACCUGGAAGACAUGCUCGUACAUAGCGCUUGGGACCGACAAGGUGGAUGGAGAACUGCCAAGCGACCCGGAGCCGACUACUUUUUGGCCUACCUCUCCCAGUUCUACGAGGUCGUCCUGUUCACUUCUCAGCCGCUUUACACCGCUCUUCCCGUUGCCGACAAGCUCGACCCGUUCCAGGCGUACUUGCCUUACAAGCUGUUCAGGGAGAGUACUAGGUACAUCAAGGGCAAGGUGGUCAAGGACCUGUCCUAUCUCAACCGAGACCUCUCCAAGGUCGUUCUUCUCGACACCAACCCCGACCACGCCUCGCUUCAACCCGAAAACGCCAUCAUCAUUCCCAAGUGGGACGGCACUCCGGGCGACAAGGGGUUGGUAGACAUGAUCCCGUUCCUCGAAUCGAUCGGCAUCUUUGCGCCUCCCGACGUUCGACCGAUCCUCAAGGCCUAUGAGGGGAAAAACAUUCCGGUCGAAUACGCCAAACGGGAGGCGGAGAGGAAGCAAGCCGCGAUCGAGGAGUGGGAGCGGGACCACGGUGGUGCAGGGAGGGGUGCGGGGGCCGGGUGGUUGGGGCGGGCGUUGGGGGGACUCAGCGGGCAGCAAUCGGUCGCGAAGCCUACUCAACCCAUGACUUAUCUCGAACAGAAGCGAGCUCAGGCUCAGGCGAUGUACCGGGAAGAGCAAGAAUACUGGCGCAAGAACGCCGACGAGAUCAAGCGUCUGAUGGAGGAAGACAGGCAGAAGCAACUCGCCGACCAAAAGGGUACGCUGAUGAGCUGGAUGACGGGCAAACCAAGCCCCGACGCUCAGGCUCCCGGUCAGCCGUCGGCAUAGGCGGAAUCUUGCGAUCGGAAAGGUGGACAGGCGGACGAAGCGAGGCGGGAGGCACGGAAGGAAGGAGACCGGCAGAGUGGUCUCAAGGUAGUCUAGUCG